AUGAAGGCAGCCGUUUCGUUAUCAGAAUUACUCAAUGGCAACACGAAGGCAAGAAGAGCUGAAGCGAAUACAAACGAGGUCCAGGAGCCAACAUAUAACGAGGACGAGACUCUGGAGUCGAUAGACAUGUCUGGUGAAGUUGGCUCUUCCUCACCUUUGAAAACUAGCCAACCGACUCCCAAGGAAAAAGGAGGACCAUCGGUACAAAGCUUUUUGAUGAGUAGUCGGCAGAAGAAAGGUGAUACUAUGUUGCCAAAGGAAUUUUCUGAAGAACCGGAAAUCAUAGCAUUAGAUGAUGACUUUAACGACGAGUUGCAUCUGGGGAUUGAAAGCGAGAAUAAUGGAUCAAGACUCCCGACUGUCAGUCGAGUGGAACCUCCUUCAAGCUUCAAGAAGACGACUUUAAAGGACCUCUUUAAUAAUUUCAGGCCAGAAUCAGAGCCAUUGAAAUUGAAAGCUUCUGUGGUCUCCAGUAUCGCGCUUCAGGAAGAAAAGAAGAAAGUCAAGCGUGGAGCAAUAUCUUCGUCAGCUCCCUUCCCAUCUAGACAAAUGGUUGAGCCAUUUGGAGCCAUUGCAGAGAACAGAAGCUUAAAUCUGCCAAUGAAUAAAAAAAAGCGUUGCAUAACCGAAUUGAUAUCAUUUGAUCCAGAUGACUUCAAAUCACUUAAUGACAGGGAAAGUUCACAAGAAAAUACAGGGCGUGUCAAGAUCGCUAGUGCAAGGAAGUACUCUCAAUUGUGGACCAAGCUAUUCAAACCAAGGUCAGUUGAUGAUGUGAUGUUAGAGCCUUCUUUAAAAAAAAAUGUAGCUGAAUGGAUUGAAACUGCAUUUCUAAAGCUAAGGCGACCUACUAAAAGGACUAAAAUGCUCAAACGUCAAAAGAUUGAAUACGACCCACUGGAUGACUUUAUAAUUGAUGAAAGUCUUGACAUUGAAAACACCACAGAAGAGUUUGUUCCUAUAAUGAUAAUGCAUGGCGACGGAAUUGGUAAGAAUACACUUCUAGACGUACUGAUGGACCACCAUGAGGGACAGAUUUACGAAGUCAAUACUUCCAACAAUAGGUCCAAGAAGGACAUCCUUGAUACCUUAAUGGAUUUCUCUACAACACAUUAUGUCAAAGGCCAGGGAUCUAAGGGUAUCAUACUGUUGGAUGAUGUAGACGUACUGUUCAAAGAACACGACAAGUUUUUUUGGCAAACGGUUGAAAAGAUCCUUCUUACCAGCAGAAGGCCCAUUGUUAUACUUUGCAGGGAUAUCAAUUUUGUGCCGAGCAAUGUAAUCCAGCUUGCCAUAGAAGAGGAUUCUCUUUUCCAUUGUAAGAGGGUUUCUCAUCAGACAGUCAUAGCAUUCUUGGAGAGAUACUGUCGAAAGAUCGAUCUCAAGAUUGAUCGAGCCAUUUUGCAGUUGCUAGUUGCAUGUAGCAAAAGAGACAUUCGAAAAUGCUUAAUGGAUCUUCAGUUCUGCUGUACACCACCUGGGGAUUUCAAGGAACCCGCAGCUUCGUCACAAGAAAGUGUACCGUACCCCGAUCUGAAAAAGACAUCUCAACAUUUGGACCUACUAUCAUUCGGUGACAUUUUAGAUAGGCAAACCGUUUGGAAAUCUUCUAUCUCACAGGACAUAGAUCACACCCUGAUGACACCGCAUGCCCAAGCAGCUCUGAAUGGCAUGGCUGACGACCAAGAGCGUCUGCAGCAUGACUACAUGGUAGACUACAGACUCCACCUUGUUGACAAACUAAACAAUCUGCAGCUACCAUAUGAACUGAACGUUGGCAACUAUUUAGAGCAGCAACUGUCUUGUGGCUUGCUAGCAAAACCUACUAAAUUAAAUGCCAAUCAAUACGAGAAAAUGAAAAGCGCCAGCGUGAACUAUCUUAAAACUAGAGUGGCCAAGAAAAAUUUGAUAGAAGGAAAGGUGAGAAAGACUAGGAACUCGAAGAGGAUGCGUGAAAUUUUGGACCGUUUCCAGGGUUUCUACUCUGCUGACGAGCUUGAUGAAUCUGUGGAAGUCGAUUUUGAGGUGAACAACAGUAAGGACGUUAAAGAACAAAUAAAUCCUUAUGUUCUUGAAAUCGCUAAGGCGGAACUGCAGGUGAAAGAAGGAAACAAGGAAAUAUUUUUCGAACAGUGCAAAGGUAUUGACAAAGAAGAAUAUAAUGAAGUAGCAUGGCGUUUAACUCAGGAGCGCCUGCUCAAACCUAUCUGGUUUAAAGCUGAUCCAAACACUGUGAUCAACUGCUGGAAAUAA